AUGUGGCACAUUUUCACCUCGGAGUGGAGUCAGAUACUAAACCAAUUUCUUGCGGUCAUAGUAUGGCUACAGCAAAAGCGUGAUUCCUAUGAACGCAGGUUGGUCGAACUUGAAGAACACUUUUGCAUUACAGAGGAACGCGUACGUAUCCUAAAGAGCGAAGAGGGUGAUGCCAAAUCGGAGCCAUUGGCGAAUAUACGUGAUCUUGAGGUGCUCCCGUCCCAUUUUGGCGACGCUUCAAACACUGUGUUUAUUGAAUGGGUGUAUCUCAUCGAUCUUGAUGAGCAGGUAUUCUCUGUGAAUAAUCGUGUCUUCUUCAGACUUUGGAAUAUCCCUCGGGAUACCUGGAUUACACCAUUUGAGUCAUGGGACCUCUCCACUGAAAAAUGUCCUGAAGCUUCAUUAGAGCCACUCAUUCCCGACUAUUUCGCCGACGAUGCUGAGCGCGACAGGUAUAACGAGAUGUACAAAAGAUAUCAGCACUCCGACCUGUAUGAAUUUUCGGCUGGCGUCAAUUAUAAUCCGCGCAAUGUAAUGGCUCUAAUGCUGUACGAAUACCUACUACACCCUUCUCACUCAGCCAUGUGGGAUUAUGUUCCCCAAUGGGGAUAUACAGACUUUGCCUUUCGAGAAUUGGCAUUUGCUAUCCUAUCACUAGCAGCUAGUGAAUUUCACCUUACUGAUGUCCAGAAGUUACAUGGCCACUACAGACAUCAAUCUUCAUCACGUGGAUUUUUAGUUCAAGAUGACGCUCAUGAUGGAACGGAGGUUCUACCCAUCCUCGGGGCAGGAUGCCAUACCUCAGUUACCAAACCUGGAUGCGCGCCCUUAGAGACUAUGUACUACUUUCAGGGUAUCCUUAUCAGUCUUGUCACUGCAGAGGCACUUUUUCACGAGAGGAAUGCUGCUAUAGCAAAGGCCGUGGAGGUUGGGCUUCAGAGUGGAAACAAGGAAUUUGAAAUAAUACUUUUCUCAAUCAAGUGUAUGAUUGUGGUGAAAGUAUCCGUGGAGGAUGAUGUGACAUCAGUCGCACAUUCGGGGGUACUACCGAUCACCAAUGGAGGCGCAGCUCCAUUCCCCCCUGUUGCCGGUACAGAGUCAGCCCUACAGGCACAUCCGGGAUUUGCAAUCCUUCAAAUAAUGUUUGAACAGCAGGCCCAGAAGGACCUUCAACAAUUCAGCCGAGGUGUGUUCCCGCCAGAGAUAUACGCUGAAAUCCUCUCGUAUGUCGACCCCUGUACCGAACUUGCCUGCAGCAAAGUCUCUCCCGUUUUUCGUAGCAUCUGCCAGGCACAAGUGACUACCCCCGAUGGACUAGUCACCAAAUUUGAGACUAUAGACGGUGAAGAAGAUAAGCCGAGGUCCUACCAUCAAUUGGUCCCUUUUGGUACGUUCACAUUCAAGGAUAUGAAAGUAGCAACGGUUGCACAGCCCUGCCGCCAUUUUGAUGACUUUCCAACCGCGUUUAACGGACCUCAGUGGUGUGCUAUCAUUGGUACCGGAGAAAGGAAAUGUGUUAUCGCCCAAGCCCGUAUCCCCAUUAUUACGACUGACCUUGACGAAGAACAAGAUGAAGAUAGUGAUGACUAG